CCAUUCCCCCUCCCGCGCACAUUCUCCUCCGCCUUCCUCCGUUCGAACGGGCAAGACUUUCUUCCGUUUUCGUUUCGUCGUUCUCGCUCCCGGUCGGUCGAUCGAUCUUGGGAGGAAGAUGUUCGAGGCGCGGGGGUUCGUGGAUUUGGGGGGCGACGGCAACUCGGGUCUCGCGGUGGGGGAUCCGAAGCUCUGGCUCUCCGGGGACGCCAACCCGUCCUCCCCGACCCACCUCCCGCCUCACUCCGCCUCCGCCGCCGCCGCCGCCGCCAACGUCGACCGCGUCCUCUUCAACGACCUCGUCGAGAUCGUCCCUCUCGUCCAGUCCCUCAUCGAUCGGAAACCGAGCAGUUCUUUCACGCGACGGGGAUCCGUGGUCUAUACUAAGACGCCUUCCAGAGAAUCUCUGUCCAGAAAAGUAAACGAGCCAAAAGUUAGAAAUGCAGCUCAAUCCAUCCCUGCUAAAAAGAGAAGGGAUACUGGUGAUAAAGAACAAGGUAGGAAUGAGAGUGGCAGCAAUCAAGAUGCUGACAACUUCUCAAUUUACUCCUCAAGAGGUUUGGCAGCAGAAAGAGAAGAGUCGGUGCUCUUAAGAGGACAAGUGGAAGAUCUUCAAAGGAAAUUACUAGAGAAAGAAGAACUUCUCAAAUCAGCAGAAGUUUUGAAGAACCAGAUGAAUUCUGUCCAUGCACAAGUUGAAGAGUUGAAGCAUGAGGCUUCACAAAAAGAUUCUUUUAUCAAGUCCAUCCAGAUACAGCUUUCUGAUGCAAAGAUUAAACUCGCAGAUAAGCAAGCUGCACUAGAAAAGACACAAUGGGAAGCAAUGACAUCUGACAAAAGAGUAGAAAAGCUCCAAGAGGAGCUUGAUGCCAUUCAGGGUGAUGUUUCAUUGAUCGUGUCACUUUUUGAGGGCUUGACAGAGCAUGAUGCAACUCUAUAUAGUGGAGAUACUGACAUCAACCCAUAUCGUGCAGAUGAUCUUCCUUGGAUGGAAGAUUUGGAUGUCACUAAGAUGCAGAAAAUGGAAGAAGCAAGACAAGCUUACAUCCUUGCCGUGGCCGCUGCAAAGGAAAAGCAAGACGAGGAAUCCUUGGCCCUUGCAGCCAAAGCAAGGUCGUAUCUGCAGUCAUUUGUUUUUAGAACCGACAAUAUCUGUGAUGAUGAAUUCAAAUGCGGAUGGGAACAUGCUUAACACUGAGAUUUGACUUCUUUUUUUCUGCUUCGUGAAAAUGUCUCCGGGUGUCCUGGGUUGUUUGUAUUGGCUGUAUGCUAAUUGAUGCCAUGUACAUGUCUUUCGUGAAAAUGUCUCCUCAUUGUAAAACUCUACUGCAUGUAAUGUAAUGUAAUGUUACUUCUUUGUAUUAUUGAGAUUCGAAUUCCUAGAGCACAAGAUUGCGAGCGAGAUACGUGAGUAAGUCACUGACAGACAAAAGAGUCAACUUCUAUUUGGAGGCACUGGUCUUUCUUGCCGUAUACCUUAUAUGUCU